AGAUAAAAGAACAUUAUCACCGUUAAAAGAUGUUGAACUUAUAUCUAUAGAUUCUUUCAGGUCGCUAAUUAGACUUCAGCUAGUGCUAGUGAAUAGGAGCUUUAACUUUAUAAUCAGAAUCAUGGGUGGAUCAUCAGGAAAACUGAGUUGGCCAAGUGUAGCUUUACCAGAAGACCAUACGGUUAUAGUUACAGGCGGAAAUAGCGGACUGGGCUUUGAAACUGCAAAACAUUUAGCAUUAAUGGGAGCAAGAGUUAUUAUAGCUUGUAGAUCAGAAAUUCGAGCUAGAGCUGCUAUAAUGAGAAUAAAAGCGGAUCACAUGGAAUUUAACGAAUUAAGUGAAGAAGAACGAUUAUGGGAUUAUCCUUUAAUCAGUGAACCAAGAGUAGAGUUCAUGUACUUGGAUUUAUCAUCUCUAGAAUCUGUUCAGAGAUUCAUACAAGAAUUUAAGAUGACCGGCUACUCGCUUAAUACCCUUAUCUGUAACGCUGGAGUUGUCAUGGUUCCGUUUGAGAAAACAGUCGAUGGCUACGAAAAACAUUUUCAGGUCAACUACCUGUCUCAUUUUUAUUUAACACUUGAGAUGUUGCCACUUCUCGAAAAAGCAGACGAUGCUAGAAUUGUCCUUGUUUCAAGUAAAUUACACGAAUCGGGAAAUUUCAGUUUUAAAACUCUACAAGGAAAGACUAAAUACGAUAGAUCGGCUGCAUACGCAAACUCCAAAUUAUAUAUGGUUAUGCUCAUGUUUUCAUUGAAGAGACGUUUGGCAGGUAAAAAAAUUAAUGUAUUUUGUGCCGAUCCAGGAUUAGUUCACACUAAUGCAUCAAAAAAUUUCCGAGACGACAAAACGUUAAUGACAAAAUAUAAGGUAAUCUUUUAUAUAAUUCAGUUAUAAUUACAGUUGAUUAACUCUUUUUUUCGGUAGAUGGCUAAAGCCUUUGGUAUGCUACAAACCGAUAUUACUGUUGGCGCUGCAACCAUAAUUAAUGCAGCAAUUAACCCUCACCUGGAAGAGAUGAAUGCAACGUACUUUAGGGACUGCAUUCCUGUCACGCCUGCUAUUUCGUCCAGGUAAAGAUAAAAUAUUUCUUCUAACUACAUUAUUACGCAAUCGAUUCAUUUUCACAUAUGUUUAAUAGAAACCAAAAGCUUCAAGAAGUCCUUUGGACAUAUAGCUUAAAAUGUCUACUUGGAGAAAAUCAGUCGAAAGAGAAAGUGUUAAAUGAUGAAUCCAUCCAGACUUUAAGAACAAUAUUCCAUGACGUUACUAUGGAAGAUAUUUAUCCUUCAAAAUAGAAACAAUAAUUUUAUAGACUAUCCUAAAUGACUUACCAAUAGUACUAAAAAUAUAUUAGGCCUAUGUCUAUAGAGUAUUGUUAAUUUACUUAGGCUUUCAUUAGAAAACACUGAAAAAAAAACCGAGUAAAAGGUACUUAAUGUAUGUAUAAAGAUAGUAUAAUAGAUGUGUUUAUUUUCAAUGUCAACAGAA